AUGGAACUUCGGUGCAAAGAUUAUAGCGUCAAGUACUCGAAGGCUCGAGAUGUCCAUCUGUUGAAGGUUUACAGAGGUGGUCGGUGCGAAGACAGGCAUGGGCUGCCGCUUCAGGCUGAAGAUGAGGUGGUUCUCCAGUGCAUCGCAAACAUUCACAAGGAGCAAAGGAAGUUCUGCCUGGCAGCCGAGGGCCUUGGGAACCGCCUGUGCUUCUUGGAACCCACUUCAGAAGCCAAGUAUGUUCCUCCAGAUCUCUGCGUCUGCAAUUUUGCGCUGGAACAGUCCCUCUCUGUGAGAGCCCUACAGGAAAUGCUUGCCAACACAGGUGAAAAUGGCAGCGAAGGGGCAGCACAAGGGGGUGGCCACAGGACCCUGCUAUAUGGCCACGCGAUUCUCCUGCGGCACUCCUUCAGCGGAAUGUAUCUAACAUGUUUGACCACAUCAAGAUCCCAGACAGAUAAACUUGCCUUUGAUGUAGGUCUACGGGAACAUGCCACAGGAGAAGCCUGUUGGUGGACCAUACAUCCCGCUUCCAAACAGAGAUCUGAGGGAGAGAAAGUUCGAAUUGGUGAUGACCUCAUCCUCGUGAGCGUGUCCUCUGAAAGAUACCUUCAUCUCUCAGUAUCAAAUGGGAACAUACAAGUGGACGCCUCUUUUAUGCAAACACUCUGGAAUGUACAUCCUACGUGCUCAGGAAGUAGCAUUGAAGAAGGAUACCUACUUGGUGGGCACGUAGUACGUCUCUUCCAUGGUCACGAUGAGUGUUUGACGAUACCAUCUACAGACCAGAAUGAUGCUCAGCACAGGAGGAUAUUCUAUGAAGCUGGGGGAGCUGGGACACGAGCCAGAUCUCUGUGGAGAGUGGAACCCCUUCGGAUAAGUUGGAGUGGCAGCAACAUCAGAUGGGGCCAGGCUUUCCGGCUCCGGCAUCUCACCACAGGCCACUACCUGGCCUUGACAGAGGACCAAGGCCUUAUACUGCAGGACCGGGUGAAGUCAGACACCAAGGCCACAGCCUUCUCUUUCCGGGCCUCCAAGGAAACCAAGGAGAAAUUGGAUUCCAGUCACAAGCGAGAUAUAGAAGGCAUGGGCGUUCCAGAAAUCAAGUAUGGAGAUUCGGUCUGCUUUGUACAACACAUAGCCAGUGGUCUGUGGGUGACCUACAAAGCACAAGAUGCCAAGACCUCCCGCCUUGGACCUCUGAAAAGAAAGGUCAUACUCCAUCAGGAAGGCCACAUGGAUGACGGGUUAACCCUGCAGAGAUGCCAACGCGAGGAGUCACAGGCUGCUCGGAUCAUCCGGAACACAACAGCCUUAUUCAGCCAGUUUGUAAGUGGAAACAAUCGCACAGCUGCCCCAGUCACCCUGCCGAUCGAAGAGGUCCUGCAGACCUUACAGGACUUGAUUGCCUACUUUCAGCCCCCAGAGGAGGAGAUGCAGCACGAAGACAAACAGAACAAGCUCCGCUCACUCAAGAACAGACAGAACCUUUUCAAGGAAGAAGGAAUGUUGGCCCUUGUGUUAAACUGCAUUGACCGCUUAAAUAUCUACAACAGCGUAGCACACUUUGCAGGGAUUGCAAGGGAGGAGAGUGGCAUGGCUUGGAAAGAGAUCCUGAACCUCCUGUACCAACUGCUGGCUGCUCUCAUUCGUGGAAACAGAAACAACUGCGCUCAAUUCUCUAACAACCUUGAUUGGCUAAUCAGCAAACUGGACAGACUAGAAUCUUCCUCAGGUAUCUUGGAAGUUUUACACUGCAUCUUGAUUGAAAGCCCAGAAGCCUUAAAUCUGAUAGCCGAGGGCCACAUCAAGUCCAUCAUCUCCUUAUUGGAUAAGCAUGGACGGAAUCACAAGGUUCUCGAUGUGCUGUGCUCCCUCUGUCUCUGCAAUGGGGUCGCAGUCAGAGCCAACCAGAAUCUGAUUUGUGAUAACUUGCUGCCCCGGAGAAACCUGCUCCUGCAGACACGGCUGAUUAAUGAUGUGACCAGCAUUCGGCCCAACAUCUUCCUGGGAGUUGCCGAGGGCUCAGCGCAAUACAAGAAGUGGUACUUUGAGCUGAUCAUCGACCAGGUGGACCCCUUCCUAACAGCUGAGCCCACACACCUGCGGGUGGGCUGGGCCUCUUCAGGCUAUGCUCCAUACCCUGGCGGAGGAGAAGGAUGGGGAGGCAAUGGUGUCGGCGAUGACCUGUACUCCUAUGGCUUUGAUGGACUUCACCUUUGGUCAGGCCGCAUACCCAGAGCCGUAGCGUCCAUCAACCAGCACCUCCUGAGAUCAGAUGACGUGGUGAGCUGUUGCCUCGACCUCGGAGUGCCCAGCAUCUCCUUCCGCAUCAAUGGGCAGCCUGUGCAGGGGAUGUUUGAGAACUUCAACACAGAUGGGCUCUUCUUCCCUGUGGUGAGCUUCUCAGCAGGUGUCAAAGUGCGUUUCCUGAUGGGUGGACGUCAUGGAGAAUUUAAGUUCCUGCCUCCCUCUGGCUAUGCCCCUUGCUAUGAAGCCUUACUUCCAAAAGAAAAGAUGAGAUUGGAGCCUGUGAAAGAAUAUAAACGUGACACUGAAGGCGUUAGAGAUCUGCUGGGUACCACCCAGUCCCUCUCCCAAGCCUCUUUCAUCCCAUACCCCAUAGACACCAGUCAGGUUGUUUUGCCCCCUCACCUAGAAAAGAUCCGAGACAGACUGGCUGAAAACAUUCACGAGCUUUGGGGAAUGAAUAAAAUAGAGCUUGGCUGGACUUUUGGCAAGGAUUUGAAGAACAAAAGAAAUCCCCGGCUGGUGCCAUACGUAUUACUGGAUGAGCGUACCAAGAAGUCCAAUAGGGACAGCCUUCGGGAAGCUGUUCGCACAUUUGUUGGUUACGGCUAUAACAUUGAGCCAUCGGACCAAGAACUGGCUGACCCAGCUGUGGAGAAAGUCAGCAUAGACAAGAUUCGAUUUUUCCGGGUAGAGCGGUCUUAUGCAGUGAGAUCUGGAAAGUGGUAUUUUGAGUUUGAGGUGGUGACCGGAGGAGACAUGCGCGUUGGCUGGGCCAGGCCGGGCUGUCGGCCUGACAUUGAGCUGGGCGCUGAUGACCAAGCCUUUGUGUUCGAAGGCAGCAGGGGCCAGCGGUGGCAUCAGGGCAGCGGGUAUUUUGGACGUACAUGGCAGCCAGGGGAUGUGGUUGGCUGUAUGAUUAACCUGGAUGAUGCUUCGAUGAUCUUCACACUGAAUGGGGAGCUGCUGAUCACCAACAAAGGCUCUGAACUCGCCUUCGCUGAUUACGAGAUUGAGAACGGCUUUGUGCCCAUCUGCUCUCUCGGACUGUCUCAGAUCGGCCGCAUGAAUCUCGGGAUGGAUGCCAGUACCUUCAAGUUUUAUACCAUGUGCGGCCUCCAAGAGGGCUUUGAGCCUUUUGCUGUCAACAUGAACCGCGACAUGGCGAUGUGGUUCAGCAAGCGCCUCCCAACGUUUGUCAACGUGCCAAAGGAUCAUCCCCAUAUAGAGGUUGUGAGGAUCGAUGGCACCAUGGACAGCCCUCCAUGCCUCAAGGUGACCCACAAGACGUUCGGCACACAGAACAGCGAUGCCAACAUGAUCUACUGCCGCUUGAGCAUGCCCGUCGAGUGCCACUCCUCCUUCAGCCACAGCCCCUGUCUGGACAGUGACGCUUUCCAGAAAAGGAAACAGAUGCAAGAAAUACUCUCUCAUACAACAACACAGUGUUACUACGCAAUCCGCAUCUUUGCCGGACAGGACCCCUCCUGCGUCUGGGUCGGAUGGGUGACACCAGACUAUCACUUAUACAGUGAGAAGUUUGACCUGAAUAAAAACUGUACAGUGACUGUUACCCUAGGGGAUGAAAGAGGCCGGGUCCACGAAAGUGUGAAACGCAGUAACUGCUACAUGGUGUGGGGUGGGGAUAUUGUGGCCACUUCCCAAAGAUCAAGUCGGAGCAACGUGGACCUGGAAAUCGGCUGCCUCGUGGAUCUGGCGAUGGGCAUGUUGUCUUUCUCCGCCAAUGGGCGAGAACUCGGCACAUGUUACCAGGUGGAGCCCAAUACCAAAGUGUUUCCAGCAGUCUUCCUGCAGCCUACGAGCACUUCCUUGUUUCAGUUUGAACUUGGGAAGCUGAAGAACGCGAUGCCCCUGUCGGCAGCCAUAUUUAAGAGUGAAGAGAAGAACCCAGUUCCGCAGUGUCCACCUCGGCUGGACGUGCAGACCAUCCAGCCUGUGCUCUGGAGCCGCAUGCCCAGCAGCUUCCUGAAGGUGGAGACAGAGCGCGUGAGCGAGCGCCAUGGCUGGGUGGUGCAGUGCCUGGAGCCCCUGCAGAUGAUGGCACUCCACAUCCCGGAGGAGAACAGGUGUGUGGACGUCCUGGAGCUCUGUGAGCAGGAGGACCUGAUGCAGUUCCAUUACCACACACUGCGACUCUACAGCGCCGUGUGCGCCUUGGGAAACAGCCGGGUGGCCUACGCCCUGUGCGGCCACGUCGACCUCUCCCAGCUCUUCUACGCCAUCGACAACAAGUACCUCCCUGGCCUCCUCCGCUCUGGUUUCUAUGACCUGCUCAUCAGCAUCCACCUGGCCAACGCUAAGGAGAGGAAGCUAAUGAUGAAGAAUGAGUACAUCAUUCCCAUCACCAGCACCACCAGGAAUAUCCGCCUGUACCCAGACGAGUCCAAGAGGCAUGGGCUGCCGGGGGUGGGCCUGAGAACAUGCCUCAAGCCAGGGUUCAGGUUCUCCACCCCUUGUUUUGUUGUGACCAGCGAGGAGCACCAGAAGCAGAGCCCUGAGAUCCCCUUGGAGAUUCUCAAGACAAAGGCGCUGAGCAUGCUGACGGAAGCAGUGCAGCACAGCGGGGCUCAUAUCCGGGACCCCGUCGGCGGGUCUGUGGAGUUCCAGUUCGUGCCUGUGCUGAAACUCAUCGGGACCCUGCUGGUCAUGGGGGUGUUUGAUGAUGAUGAUGUCCGGCAGAUCCUCCUCCUGAUCGAUCCCUCUGUGUUUGGGGAGCACAGUGCGGAGACAGAGGAUGGAGCAGAGAAGGAGGAAGUGACCCAGGUGGAGGAGAAGGCAGUGGAGGCUGGGGAAAAGGCCGGCAAGGAGGCUCCAGUCAAAGGCUUGUUGCAGACCCGACUGCCAGAGUCCGUCAAACUGCAGAUGUGUGAGCUCCUCAGCCAUCUCUGUGACUGCGAGCUGCAACAUCGAGUGGAGGCCAUUGUGGCAUUUGGCGACAUUUAUGUCUCCAAACUCCAGGCAAAUCAGAAGUCCCGCUACAAUGAGCUCAUGCAGGCCUUGAACAUGUCCGCAGCCCUGACUGCCCGGAAGACCAGGGAGUUCCGCUCCCCGCCACAGGAGCAGAUCAACAUGCUUCUUAACUUUCAACUGGGAGAGAAUUGCCCCUGCCCAGAGGAGAUACGGGAGGAGCUCUAUGACUUCCAUGAGGACCUUCUCAUUCACUGUGGGGUUCCCCUGGAGGAGGAGGAAGAGGUGGAGGAGGACACCUCCUGGACUGGGAAGCUCCGUGCCUUGGUGUAUAAAAUCAAAGGCCCUCCCAAGCCUGAGAAGGAACAGCCAACAGAAGAGGAAGAGAGAUCCCCUACAACCUUGAAGGAGCUCAUCUCACAGACCAUGAUCCGCUGGGCCCAGGAGGACCAGAUCCAAGACGCGGAGUUGGUCCGGAUGAUGUUCAACCUCCUCCGGAGACAGUAUGACAGCAUCGGGGAGUUGCUGCAGGCCCUGCGGAAGACCUACACCAUCAGUCAGGUCUCCGUGAGCGACACCAUCAACCUGCUGGCCGCGCUGGGCCAGAUCCGCUGCCUGCUCAGUGUCAGGAUGGGCAAGGAAGAGGAGCUGCUCAUGAUCAAUGGCCUGGGAGACAUUAUGAACAACAAGGUGUUUUACCAGCAUCCCAACCUCAUGCGAGUCCUUGGCAUGCACGAGACGGUGAUGGAGGUGAUGGUGAACGUGUUGGGCGCGGAGAAGUCUCAGAUUGCUUUUCCAAAAAUGGUUGCUAGCUGUUGCCGUUUCCUCUGCUAUUUCUGUCGAAUUAGCCGGCAAAAUCAGAAGGCCAUGUUUGAGCAUCUAAGUUACCUGCUGGAGAAUAGCAGUGUUGGCCUAGCCUCCCCUUCGAUGAGAGGAUCUACCCCACUGGAUGUGGCAGCUUCCUCCGUGAUGGACAACAACGAGUUAGCGCUGGGCUUAGAAGAACCGGACCUCGAGAAGGUGGUGACCUACUUGGCAGGCUGUGGCCUGCAGAGCUGUCCCAUGCUUCUAGCCAAAGGAUACCCUGAUGUCGGCUGGAACCCCAUUGAAGGGGAACGUUACCUGUCCUUCCUGAGGUUUGCCGUCUUUGUGAACAGCGAAAGUGUGGAAGAAAAUGCUAGUGUUGUGGUCAAGCUGCUCAUCAGACGCCCGGAGUGCUUCGGCCCAGCCCUGCGAGGUGAAGGAGGAAACGGUCUAUUGGCAGCCAUGCAGGGCGCCAUUAAGAUCUCUGAGAACCCAGCCCUCGACCUCCCCUCUCAGGGAUACAAGAGAGAAGUCUUGGAGGACAGUGAAGAUGAGGAGAUCGUGCACAUGGGCAACGCAAUUAUGUCUUUUUAUUCAGCUCUUAUAGAUCUCCUGGGCCGCUGUGCACCUGAAAUGCACCUUAUCCAGACAGGAAAGGGGGAAGCCAUCCGGAUCAGGUCAAUUCUGCGCUCCCUCGUGCCCACAGAGGACCUGGUCGGGAUCAUCAGCAUCCCCUUGAAGGUGCCCUCCCUGAACAAAGAUGGGUCCGUUAGCGAGCCAGAUAUGGCAGCCAACUUCUGCCCUGACCACAAGGCACCCAUGGUGCUGUUCUUGGAUCGUGUUUAUGGCAUUAAGGAUCAAACUUUUCUGCUCCACUUGCUAGAGGUUGGAUUUUUACCCGACUUAAGAGCCUCUGCCUCUCUAGAUACGGUUUCCCUGAGCACCACAGAGGUAGCACUUGCCCUAAAUAGGUAUUUAUGUUCUGCCGUGCUCCCGCUCCUCACAAGAUGCGCCCCUCUCUUUGCCGGAACAGAACACUACACGUCUCUGAUCGAUUCUACACUACAGACAAUAUACAGGCUUUCCAAGGGACGGUCCCUCACCAAAGCUCAGAGGGACACCAUAGAAGAAUGUUUGCUUGCCAUUUGCAAUCACUUGAGGCCUUCCAUGUUACAGCAACUCUUGCGACGUCUGGUUUUUGACGUGCCCCAGCUCAACGAAUACUGCAAAAUGCCUCUUAAGCUUCUGACGAAUCACUAUGAACAGUGCUGGAAGUAUUACUGCCUGCCUUCAGGAUGGGGGAGCUAUGGGCUAGCUGUGGAAGAAGAAUUGCACCUGCCAGAGAAGCUCUUCUGGGGGAUUUUUGACUCCCUCUCCCACAAGGAGAAAGAAAUGGAAAAGCAGAAAACCCUCUACCAACAAGCACGGCUGCAUGAGCGUGGAGCCGCAGAGAUGGUCCUUCAGAUGAUAAGCGCCAGCAAAGGUGAGAUGAGCCUCAUGGUGGUUGAGACUCUGAAGCUGGGGAUCGCCAUUCUGAAUGGGGGCAACGCUGGUGUGCAACAGAAAAUGCUAGAUUACCUAAAGGAGAAAAAGGAUGCUGGAUUCUUUCAAAGCCUUUCUGGUCUUAUGCAGUCUUGCAGUGUCCUUGAUUUGAAUGCAUUUGAAAGGCAGAAUAAAGCUGAAGGCCUGGGGAUGGUUACUGAGGAAGGAACACUCAUUGUUCGUGAGCGUGGUGAAAAAGUACUCCAGAAUGAUGAGUUUACACGAGAUCUCUUUCGAUUCCUGCAGUUACUUUGUGAAGGACAUAACAGUGACUUUCAGAACUUCCUGCGGACUCAGAUGGGCAAUACCACCACCAUAAACAUCAUCAUCAGUACCGUGGACUACCUCCUGCGUCUGCAGGAAUCAAUCAGUGAUUUCUACUGGUAUUAUUCAGGGAAGGACAUCAUUGAUGAAUCUGGACAGCACAAUUUUUCCAAAGCUCUGGCAGUCACGAAGCAGAUUUUCAAUUCUCUUACAGAAUACAUCCAGGGCCCUUGCAUUGGGAACCAACAGAGUCUGGCUCACAGCAGGCUGUGGGACGCGGUGGUCGGCUUCCUCCAUGUGUUUGCGAACAUGCAGAUGAAACUCUCUCAGGAUUCCAGUCAGAUCGAGCUGCUGAAGGAACUCUUGGAUCUCCUUCAGGACAUGGUGGUGAUGCUUCUGUCCCUCCUGGAAGGGAAUGUGGUAAAUGGAACUAUUGGCAAGCAGAUGGUUGACACCCUGGUAGAGUCAUCUACCAAUGUAGAAAUGAUCUUGAAAUUCUUUGACAUGUUCUUGAAACUUAAAGACCUAACCAGCUCAGACACCUUCAAAGAAUAUGACCCAGAUGGUAAAGGGAUUAUCUCCAAAAAAGAGUUCCAGAAGGCCAUGGAAGGGCAAAAACAGUACACACAGUCAGAGAUUGACUUUCUCCUUUCGUGCGCAGAAGCUGAUGAGAAUGAUAUGUUUAAUUACAUUGAUUUUGUAAACCGGUUCCAUGAGCCGGCCAAGGACAUAGGGUUUAAUGUAGCAGUGUUACUGACAAAUCUCUCCGAACAUAUGCCAAAUGAUUCUCGCCUUAAGUGUCUGUUGGACCCAGCAGAAAGCGUACUAAAUUACUUCGAACCCUACCUGGGACGCAUUGAGAUCAUGGGUGGGGCCAAGAAAAUUGAGCGCGUUUAUUUCGAGAUCAGUGAAUCCAGUCGAACUCAGUGGGAGAAGCCCCAAGUGAAGGAAUCGAAGCGGCAGUUCAUCUUUGAUGUGGUCAAUGAAGGUGGAGAACAGGAAAAGAUGGAACUGUUUGUGAACUUCUGUGAGGAUACCAUCUUUGAAAUGCAGUUAGCCUCUCAGAUCUCCGAAUCUGACUCAGCAGACAGGCCCAACGAGGAGGAGGAAGAAGAUGAAGAUUCAUCUUAUAUGUUAGAAAUUGAGGGUGAAGAGGAGGAUGCCAAGUCUUUUGAGUCUGCCUCUGCGUUUGCCAUGGCCUAUGCCUCAGUGAAGAGGAAUGUUGCCAACUUCCUGAAGAAGGCAACCUUGAAGAACCUCAGGAAGCAGUACAGGAAGGUGAAAAAGAUGACCGUGAAGGAGCUCGUGAAGGUGUUCUUCUCUUUCUUCUGGAUGUUGUUUGUGGGGCUCUUCCGGUUGUUCUUCACCAUAUUGGGAGGAAUCUUUCAGAUCCUCUGGAACACAGUGUUUGGAGGGGGCCUAGUGGAAGGGGCAAAGAACAUCAGAGUGACCAAGAUCCUGGGUGACAUGCCUGACCCAACGCAGUUUGGUAUCCAUGAUGAUGCUCUGGAUGCCGAGCGGGCAGAGGUGACUGAGCCAGGUGUGCCACCUGAACUAAUUCACUUUGUGAAGGGUGACAAGGGAGAUGCAGAUAUUAUGUCCGAUCUCUUUGGAUUCCACCCAAAGAAGGAAGGUGGCUUAAAGCAUGGGCCCGAAGGGGGUUUGGGUGACCUCUCUGAGAUUAUUGGCAAAGAUGAACCCCCUACGCUAGAGAGUACCGUCCAGAAGAAAAGGAAAGCACAGGCAGCAGAGAUGAAAGCAGCACAUGAAACAGAAGGGAGAAUGGAGCCCGAGAAGACAGACCUGGAAGAUGGGGAGAAGGAGGAUACAGCCAAAGAGGAAGAGCAAGCCGAGGCUCUGUGGGCAGACAUGACAAAGAAGAAGAAACGACGGCGGGGCCAGAAAGUCGAGAAGCCUGAAGCUUUCAUGGCUAAUUUCUUCAAAGGGCUGGAAAUCUAUCAGACCAAGUUACUGCAUUACCUGGCCAGGAAUUUCUACAACCUGAGGUUCCUCGCUCUGUUUGUAGCCUUCGCGAUCAACUUCAUCCUACUCUUUUAUAAGGUCACUGAAGAACCUUUAGAAGAAGAGACAGAGGACGUUGCAAACCUGUGGAAUUCCUUUAAUGAUGAGGAAGAGGAAGAAGCGAUGGUGUUCUUUGUCCUGCAGGAGAGCACUGGGUAUAUGGCACCAACAUUGCGGGCCUUGGCCAUUGUCCACACCAUCAUCUCUUUACUCUGUGUGGUGGGCUAUUACUGCCUGAAGGUCCCUCUGGUGGUAUUCAAAAGGGAAAAAGAAAUUGCCAGGAAGCUGGAAUUCGAUGGCCUGUAUAUCACUGAACAGCCUUCUGAAGAUGACAUCAAGGGGCAGUGGGACCGCCUGGUAAUCAACACACCCCAUACAGAAUGUUUCCCUGGCCCGGGGGUUCUGAGAUCGUCUGAUCAGCUUCUCAAGAGCUCCCAUACAGCACAGCGGUUCCAUGACAGCACCCCACUGAAGUCUUCUCAGACAGGUAGCCUGGUUGGUAAUAGAACUCCUGCCAUUAUCACUUGGUAGGCAGUUCCUUGGGCAGUUAAAAUAGGGCCAUCGGGGGGGGGGUGGUGACCACCUGUGGCGCGCAGCCUGCUUUGUUGGAAGGCAAGUGUAUAAUUGUUACUGUGGUGGGAAAGAGCGUGGAUUCUCCAGCCACAGGUGGAAGACCAGGUCAGCUCUGUCACUUAGUUGUCUGUGGGCAAGGUAAUGAAGCCUGCUGAGCCUCGAUUUCCCCUUCAUUAAUAGAGGCAUGAGAAUACCACCUCCUGAAGUCCGGGAGGAUCGAUGAAUGCAUGUUACAUGCUUGGUACAGUGCCUGGCACGUGGUAGGCAUCAAGCUUUUCGUCAUUCCCUUUCUCUACCCGUUCAAAAAAUGGCCAUCACCAUUAGCGAAGGUAACGCCGACGUGUUCACAACUGGGAAAAUGAGAGUUUCGAGAUAAAUUAAUGCGCCGAAAGAGAAGAGCUACAGGGCUAGAUAUGUAAACAGAGGUGACUGUGUUGAAACUCUUAGCUGUGCCAAUUAAACUGUGCACGUUUGCCAACAACAACCCUGACUGCUGGGGGAAGAAAAUCGCUCCUGAUCCAAAGAUGGUCAGGCAAACGAGGGAGGCAGCUCUAUAAAGGCACAACUGAGCUCUUUAAAAUAGUCUCUAGAGGGGUGCCUGGGUGGCUCAGUUGGUUAAG